AAUCUCCCGCUUCACUCUGUUGUGCUGGACACAAAGCGGAACCCUCCCCUUCAUCGAUCGAUCAUAGGCCUGACAGCAUUAGAGACAGUAUAUCCAGGGGUUGGGCAAAAUACUCACCAAAUGCUCCUUUCCAUACAGAUGAUCCUCAAUAUUCUUACCAAAACUUUUGCCGUAGCAAGGCAAGUCUAGAAUACGACACACGUCUACGUCCUCUUCAUAUUCCCAGUCGACGAAUGAGUUUGGGAGGUGCUUGUACAUUUUCUCGAUGGUAUACUUAAGGUCCUCCUCUGCCAUCUUCUCAGACAAGGGUGCGCCGUGUCUAUUGUACCGUUUAAUUCUGACGCUGAUGAACUCAGAGAGUUUCUUCAUCUCUGCGAUGGUCUUCGCUGUAGUUUUGGCAGGCGUUUCGGCUCUGAUCUUUUCUGCCUUCUUGACUUUGAGGGCUUUUACUAGGGCGGCCCUCUCCUUGGUGAGUCCAACUUUCUCCUUUGUGAGUUCGGCCUUUUCCUUUAAGAGAUCUUCUUUGGACUCUUUCGUCUUGUUAUUCUUCUUCUUGUUGGCUUUCUCGGCCUUUUUGUUGGCUAGUUUGACCAUUUCGAUGUCGAUAUUAGGCUCAGGCUUCUUGGCUUCAGGAACUUCAAAGUCUUUCUCGACGUCAAGUUCAAGUUCCCGGAUCUCUUUCUCAAUCUCUUCGUUUGCUGCAGGAGUUGGUCAGGUUAGAAAAACGAUAGAAGAUAUGUACCUACGGAUAGCCACGAGACACUCGCGAGUGCAACUUUUGCAUUUGUCUGGGGCGUCAUCGGGCUUCUCUAUCGCCUUACUGUUGGGGUAUCGCAGGAUAGGAAGAGUUGGGUUGUUGCGAAAGUAAAUCUUUCCGUUUUUAUCGCGCCAGAUGACUUGUGGUUCAGGUUUGAGCUCAGCAUCCAGCGGCUCUGGUGGGCGAGUGAUGAUUUGGAUCGUAGGUUCAUGCAUAGUUACGCGGGCGGAGGAUGAACGAGUCGGGAGUAUGAAGUUGCUGAUGAGAGGAGAAAAGUGAGAUGAAGAAGUCAAGGAGAGGAUUUAUGCACGUGCGGGAGGAAAAGGACAAAGUAAACAAAGGAUGAAUAAAUUAGUUUGGUGAUGAAUCACGGGCUGCCACUGGCAAGUGUAACUUGAGCUAGCAGCGUUGCUGGCACUUUCGACAUCAGAUGUGGUCGGUCAGCCACGAAUACACAUGAGAAAUAGAAUCCAACUCAAAAGGCGGA